UCUUUAUCUUCAUUUGAAAUUCCCUCCAAGGAUCAUUUGGACAUGUUCUUCUUCAUCAUCAAAUCUCUUAAUUAGUAACAAUUCUUUGUUAGCUUAAUUUAUAGGCUACAACUAUGCCAAGGGGGAGGGAUCCAUUAGUGUUGGGUCAAGUAAUAGGUGAUGUUUUAGACCCUUUUGUUAAGUCAGCAACAAUGCGGAUAAUUUACGACAAUAAGGAGCUCACAAAUGGAACCGGUUUAAGGACAUCGGCGGUGUCGAGUCAGCCACGAGUCGAGAUCGAAGGGACUGAUCAAAGGAAGCUCUAUACACUUGUGAUGGUGGAUCCUGAUGCACCAAGUCCCAGCAAUCCAACUUAUAGAGAAUAUUUGCACUGGUUGGUGUCGGAUAUUCCAGAAGCACAAGAUGCAAGUUUUGGAAAUGAAAUAGUCCCAUACGAAAGCCCAGGACCGUCGGCGGGGAUUCAUCGCAUUGUUUUUGUGCUAUUUCAUCAGGAAGUUCGACAAACAAUCCAUCCUCCCGGUUGGCGCCAGAACUUCAAUACGAGGGACUUCUCAGCAUUUUAUAAUCUCGGAUCGCCGGUCACCGCCGUAUACUUCAACUGCCAAAGAGAGAGCGGUUGCGGUGGUAGAAGGUUUUAAGGACUCAAUUGACGGGCAAUAUUAGAGGCAAGCAUUCAUGCUUAUGAGAAUGGAAAUUGAAGGCUAUAUUAAGGAGUCCAAAUUUCUCAAGUUGAAAGAAAUGCAUGUGCAUAUAUAAUGGUAGGUGUA